CCGUCGUCGGCGAGCGGGGACGCGGGGCGCGCUGUCGGGCGGGGGCGAGGUUCGGGCCGGUUGUGCCGUUGCGAGACUGCGACGAGUCGUCGCUUCGGCGGGUCCAGAAUUAGACCCUGACUGUAAACUGGAGAGGCCAGUGGUGCUGCUGGUGUUUUUCGGAGGCAGUUCAAGUUGAAUCAUUAAUUCUACUAAGGUGUUGAACGGCAACCCUCUCUUCCAAGAUGUCAAAAACAAACAAAUCGAAGUCUGGGUCUCGCUCUUCUCGCUCAAGAUCUGCAUCCAGAUCUCGGUCUCGAUCGUUUUCCAAGUCUCGGUCCAGAAGCCGAUCUGUCUCCCGUUCAAGGAAACGCAGGCUGAGUUCUAGGUCUCGUUCCAGAUCGUAUUCUCCAGCUCAUAACAGAGAAAGGAAUCACCCCCGAGUGUAUCAGAAUCGAGAUUUCAGAGGCCACAACAGAGGCUAUCGGAGGCCCUAUUAUUUCCGUGGGCGAAACCGAGGCUUUUAUCCGUGGGGCCAGUAUAACCGAGGUGGCUAUGGAAACUACCGGUCCAAUUGGCAGAACUACCGGCAAGCAUACAGUCCUCGUCGAGGCCGGUCCAGGUCCCGGUCCCCAAAGAGAAGGUCCCCUUCACCACGGUCCAGGAGCCAUUCUAGGACCUCUGAUAAAUCAUCCUCUGACAGGUCAAGGCGCUCCUCAUCCUCCCGGUCAUCCUCCAACCACAGCAGGGUUGAAUCGUCUAAGCGCAAGUCUACAAAAGAGAAGAAGUCCUCUUCUAAGGAUAGCAGGCCAUCUCAGGCAGCCGGUGAUAACCAGGGAGAUGAGGCCAAGGAGCAGACAUUUUCUGGAGGUGCAUCUCAAGAUAUAAAAGGGUCUGAGAGCUCAAAGCCAUGGCCAGAUGCUACUACCUAUAGCACUGGUUCUGCUCGGGCCUCGGCUUCUGAUCUGAGCCCCCGGGAGAGAAGCCCAGCUCUCAAAAGCCCCCUCCAGUCUGUGGUGGUUAGGCGAAGGUCACCGCGCCCUAGCCCUGUGCCAAAACCUAGUCCUCCACUUUCUAAUACAUCCCAGAUGGGCUCAUCUAUGUCAGGUGGUGCUGGAUAUCAGUCUGGAACACACCAAGGUCAGUUCGACCAUAGCUCUGGAUCUUUGAGUCCAUCUAAAAAGAGCCCUGUGGGUAAGAGUCCUCCGGCCACUGGCUCUGCGUAUGGUUCAUCUCAGAAAGACGAGAGUGCUGCUUCGGGAGGAGCGGUAUACACGAAAAGGUACCUGGAAGACCAGAAAACAGAGAAUGGGAAAGAUAAGGAACAGAAACAAACAAAUACUGAUAAAGAGAAGCUGAAAGAGAAAGGGAGCUUCUCUGAUGCUGAUGUAAAAAUGAAAUCUGAUCCAUUUGCUUCCAAGACUGACACUGAGAAGCCCUUCCGAGGCAGCCAGUCACCCAAAAGGUAUAAGCUUCGUGAUGACUUUGAGAAAAAGAUGGCUGACUUCCACAAGGAGGAGAUGGAUGAACAAGAUAAGGACAAAAGUAAGGGGAGGAAGGAACCUGAGUUUGAUGAUGAGCCCAAAUUUAUGUCUAAAGUUAUAGCCGGUGCAAGCAAAAACCAGGAGGAAGAGAAGUCAGGCAAGUGGGAGAGCCUGGUGCAUACAGGGAAGGAAAAGCUGAGGAAGGCGGAGGAGCUGGAGGAGGAGCCUUUCACAGAGAGAUCCAGAAAGGAGGAGCGUGGAGGGGCCAAGAGGAGCGAAAGUGGACACAGGGGCUUUGUGCCAGAAAAGAAUUUCCGAGUGACUGCAUACAAGGCGGUCCAGGAGAAAAAUUCGUCACCUCCCCCACGGAAGACCUCUGAGAGCCGAGACAAGCUGGGAAACAAAGGAGACUUUUCCUCAGGGAAGUCUUCCUUUUCCAUUACUCGGGAGGCCCAGGUCAAUGUCCGGAUGGACUCCUUUGAUGAGGACCUUGCACGACCCAGUGGCUUACUGGCUCAGGAAAGAAAGCUUUGUCGGGAUUUAGUCCAUAGCAAUAAAAAGGAACAGGAAUUUCGUUCCAUCUUCCAGCACAUACAGUCAGCUCAGUCUCAGCGUAGCCCCUCAGAAUUGUUUGCUCAGCACAUAGUGACAAUUGUUCAUCAUGUUAAAGAACAUCACUUUGGAUCCUCUGGAAUGACAUUACAUGAACGCUUUACUAAAUACCUAAAGAGAGGAAGUGAACAAGAAGCAGCUAAAAAUAAGAAAAGCCCCGAGAUACACAGGAGGAUAGACAUUUCCCCCAGUACAUUCAGAAAACAUGGUUUGACUCAUGAGGAAAUGAAAAGUCCCCGGGAACCUGGCUAUAAGGCUGAAGGCAAAUACAAAGAUGAUCCUGUUGAUCUUCGCCUUGAUAUUGAGCGUCGUAAAAAACAUAAGGAGAGAGAUCUUAAGCGAGGUAAAUCAAGAGAGUCGGUGGAUUCCCGAGACUCUAGCCACUCAAGAGAAAGAUCAGCUGAGAAAACAGAGAAAACUCACAAAGGAUCAAAGAAGCAGAAGAAGCACCGCAGAGCAAGAGACCGGUCUAGGUCCUCCUCUUCUUCUUCCCAGUCGUCUCACUCCUACAAAGCAGAGGAGUACCCCGAGGAAGCAGAGGAAAGGGAGGAGAGCACCACAGGUUUUGACAAAUCCAGACUGGGGACCAAAGACUUCGUGGGUCCAAAUGAAAGAGGCGGCAGAGCACGGGGAACCUUUCAAUUUCGAGCAAGAGGGAGAGGUUGGGGCAGAGGAAACUAUUCCGGUAACAAUAACAACAACAGCAACAAUGAUUUUCCAAAGAGAAACCGGGAAGAGGAAUGGGAUCCAGAGUACACACCCAAAAGCAAGAAGUAUUACUUGCAUGAUGACCGGGAAGGUGAAGGCAGUGACAAGUGGAUGAGCCGUGGCCGUGGCCGAGGAGCCUUCCCCUUGGGUCGGGGCCGGUUCAUGUUCCUGAAAUCCCGUACCAGCCCCAAGUGGGCCCACGAUAAGUUCAGUGGCGAGGAAGGAGAGAUUGAAGACGAUGAGAAUGGGACUGAGACCCAAGAAGACAAGGAUGGUCUUCAGCCCACAGCUGAGUAGGGUCGGUCUUGAUCGAGCCCUGGCCCAGGGAGAGAGGCACUGGGAGAGGCUGGUGGAGCUAAACAGGGAGCCUCAAGAAGAUCCUGCAAAUCCCACCCCACAAAGCACCAGCCACACAGAACCUACAACAGCAGAGUACACAUCGUGGUGCUGUCCCACUGGAUAGAGGACACUGGCCCCAGAGCCUAGGAUCAGGCCCAUGUUUUGAGCAGCCCACAACACAGUGGAAUCCGCUAUUUCUU